GGUUUUUUCGGUGAAAAUAUCAGAUUUCAGUUGGAAAUCAUAGUAACUUGCAAAUAUGAGGUCCAUCGCAGUUGGCGCGUUUCUUGUCGUGGUCUGCGCCCUCGGCCAAGCUGCGACCAUCGGGUCCCAGACCUUGGCACCACCUAACAGCCACGAUAUCUUCGCCAACACCAAGAAACUAAUCGAAGAGCUGGCAGCGAACCUCUGCCAAUCGGCACAGCAAGCUGCAGACGCUAUGAAAGGCUUCGCAUCCGGCUUGAAGGACCAAGUUGGAAUUUUGAAAGAGAGGCUGCAAGCUGACAUCCAGAAGCUGAGGGAUAGAGUAUCGGAAGCUAUCUCUAAUGUCGCGGAUAGGAUCUCUAACGCCGGUGGGGCGGUCAAAGACUGUGUCGAGUCCCAUAAGAAACGUGCCGAUCAACUCCUCAACGACGCUGUAUACAGAACCAUGACCUGCGCCGACGAAAAAGUGCAAGAAAUCAGCGACCUGAUCGCAAGACAGGUAGAAAUAUCUCAGGGAGGGCUCGAAUUUGCCAACAGAGCCACGGAGGGAAUAAAAAAUUGCACAGACAACGAUGACAACAUUUUUAUCAAAGGAGCGUGCCUUGCUAUGCUUGCCUUGAAGACUGAAAUGAGGGGAGCCGUUUUCAUGACGCAAAGCGGAAUCAACGUCGCACGCGUCGACAUAGCUAUAGCCAAGUUGCCCGUCGCCCUAGAACUGUGCGCUGGCCAACGCCUCCUCGAAGCCGGCAUGGGCACAGCCAAGGUCAUCGUGGACCUGCAGAAGUGCAAGGUCACCAACACGAUCACCGCCCUCACAGGGUCCAACACCGCCCUCACAGGGUCCAACACCGCCCUCACAGGAUCCAACACCGCCCUCACAGGGUCUAACACCGCCCUCACAGGGUCGAACACCGCCCUCACAGGGUCCAACACCGCCCUCACAGGGUCCAACACCGCCCUCACAGGGUCCAACACCGCCCUCACAGGAUCCAACACCGCCCUCACAGGGACCAUCACCGCCCUCACAGGGUCUAACACCGCCCUCACAGGGUCCAACACCGCCCUCACAGGGUCCAACCCCACCCUCCCUGAUGCUCCUGGUGCAAAUGUUGACAUUUCUUUUGGAAACGAUCCUAAUGCAGAAGCAAAAGAAAUCGUUCCUUCAAAAAGCUACUUGGCACGUCUGACUCAAAAUCAAAUCAAUUCAAUACAAUCUAAAGAACUCGCCAAUAUCGAUGUAAACAGGUUGCUGAGUAUUAGUGACUUAUGGGAUAGAAUUAAAAACAGUAUUACUAACGCAUGGAACGCCGUGAAAGACAUAGCUGAUAAAACUAGAGAGAAAAUCAACGUGUGGCUUCAAAAUAUAAAGAAACGAGCGGUAGAAGCGGUCAAAGAUUUUGAGGCCAAGUUAGAAGUCCUAAAAGACAGAUUUAACCAAUUUAUACAGGUAUUGAAGAAAAAAGCAGGAGAAAUUAAACAAUGUAUCCAAGACGACAAGGACAUAAUCCAAGAAUUACUUAAGCAAAUAGCACAAAGUGUGGGAUCGUGUAUUGUUGACAGUGUUAAUAAUGCAUCAGUUUUAGAUAGCUAUCAGUCAAAAUUGGUGCUUGAUGACACUGAAUUUAUUAAAGACGCUGAAGAUAAGAUGAAUAAAUGCGUACAGAAAGUCGACAAUGCUGAUGAAUGCCUGAAUAAAGCUAGAGGAGAGAUUUAUGAUAUCAUGGAACAAAAGGAGACUGAAAUUAUGAAUACUUCGUUUCAUUUUCAGAGAUCAGUUAGCAGAGACGUAGUAGAAGACGCUUUGGAGACCAUCCUGAAUUGUGCAGCAGACGGGCUAAUUGAAGCCUCAGUGGCGAUUACAGAAGAAAUAAUAAACAUCGUCAACUGCGUUAAGAGUGAAAAAGAAAAACCUUUUGUUUAAACAAUUUAAAUACCUAAAAUUGUUGACGGUGAAGUUCACUUCGAAUUUUUUAUUAUUUUAAUCUUCUCGUAUAAAUUGGAAGUAUCAGAAAAUGUGUAGGUAAGCGUUGUUUAACAUUAAAUACUAUUGGGAUUGCA